AGACCGGAUGUAGUGUGUGUGUCAGGUGACUGAGGAUAUCAGUUACCCUGCAAGUGGAAGGCUCUCCACUACUGGUUAUAAUGGGCAGAACAUCCAGGUCUUCACAUGAUGAUAGAAAAUUCACCCUUCAAUUUAAAAACUCAAAAACUGAAUUAAAAAUAUGAUUAUUUUAGAAAAGUAUUUCAUCCACAAAAGUAAACAAAAUAAGUAUUAAAUUGUGCAAAAGUAAAAAGCCCAACCUAUUUAAACAUUGCUACUCAUCUUACUCACUCACUGAUGUGUGUGUGCCUGUCUGAUGUUUUGGAAUAUGGUUUAAUAAAGUUUGGAGGGGGAAAAAAGUCAGCAUUCCGUUAGCUCCUGCAGCUUUAGCUCGUGGCUAACAUUAGCCUCGGAGCUCCAGAGAGGGAGGCGUGUUCUGGGUCAGGAGGCCGAGCAGAGAGCAGCAGAGGCGGCGUCACUUCACCUCUGUGUGUCGGUCAGCAUGGAGGACCUGAACUCCCGGGCCCAGAGAUCCGGAGACCCGCAGCUAAACCGGGCGCUGCAGCAGUGGCUGACCUGGGACCAGAACGUGCGGACGCGGGCCCAGGUGGAUGCGCUGGUGUCGGGGGGGCGGUGGGAGGAGCUUCGGUCGAGGCUCUGCAGCCGGAUGAGCUUCGGCACCGCCGGCCUCCGGGCACCGAUGGGAGCCGGGUUCAACCGGGUCAACGACCUCACGGUCAUCCAGUCCACACAGGGGCUGUACUCGUACCUGGCCAGGUGUUGUGCAGACGUGGGCAGCAGAGGAGUGGUCAUUGGUUUCGAUACGAGAGGACAGGAGGAGAGCGGCUGCAGCAGCAUCAGGCUGGCCCGGCUGGCGGCGGCGGUGAUGCUCAGCAGAGACGUUCCCGUCCAUCUCUUCUCCGCUUUCGUCCCCACGCCAUACGUGCCGUACGCUGUGAAGAAGCUGGGCGCUGCAGCCGGGGUCAUGAUCACGGCUUCGCACAACCCCAAAGAAGACAACGGGUACAAGGUGUACUGGGGUAACGGCGCUCAGAUCUCCGCCCCUCACGAUAAGGAGAUCCUGAGGAGCAUCGAGGAGCAGCUGCAGCCCUGGAGCGCCUCCUGCUGGGGGGAGGAGGAGGCGCAGAGCAGCCGGCUGAGGACCGACCCCCUCCCCCAAAUCAACCAUUGCUACAUGGAGGAUUUGAAGACCCUCUGCUUCCACAGGGAUCUGAACGGAACCUCACCUCUGAAGUUCGUGCACUCCUCGUUCCACGGGGUCGGUCACGUCUUCGUUCAGAAAGCCUUCCAGGCGUUCGGCUUCGCUCCUCCGAUCCCCGUCCCCGAGCAGAGAGACCCCGAUCCAGACUUCCCGUCGGUGCACUGCCCCAACCCCGAGGAGGGGGAGUCGGUCCUGGAGCUCUCUCUCCUCCUGGCCGAGCGGGAACACGCUCACAUCGUCAUGGCGACGGAUCCCGACGCCGACCGGUUGGCUGUGGCAGAGAGAUCUGAUGGGACUGGGUGGAAGGUGUUCUCCGGGAACGAGCUGGCAGCGCUGCUGGGCUGGUGGAUGUUCUUCAACUGGAAAGAGGCUCACCCCGACCCUGCAGACCUGCAGAGGGUCUACAUGCUCUCCACCACUGUGUCAUCCAAGAUCCUGCAGGCCUUGGCCCGCAUCGAGGGCUUUCAUUUCGAGGAGACGCUGCCGGGCUUUAAGUGGAUCGGGAACAGAAUCCAUGAGCUUUACAAAACCGGAAACAGCGUCAUCUUCGCCUUCGAGGAGUCCAUCGGCUUCCUGUGCGGUGGUCUGAUCCCAGACAAAGACGGCGUGAGCGCGGCGGCUGUCGUGGCUGAGAUGGCGACGUACCUUCACAAUAAAAGCCUGAGUCUGAACCGGCAGCUGCACAACAUCUACCACACGUACGGGCGCCACCUGUCGCAGACGUCCUACGUGGUCUGUGACAACCCCCCCACCAUCUGCAGGAUCUUCCACCGUCUCAGGAACUUCCACGGCGAGGACUCGUACCCGCAGCACUGCGGCGGCGUGCGUGUCGCCAACGUACGCGACGUAACCACGGGAUAUGACAGCAGCCGCGCCGACCGCACAUCUGUACUUCCUGUGACGAGGAGCAGUCACAUGAUCACCUUCACGCUGCAGAACGGCGUUGUGGCAACGCUGAGGACGAGUGGCACUGAACCCAAAAUCAAAUACUACACCGAGUACUGCGCCCCACCUGGGACCAGCGAGGUGGCGGCGCUGCAGGAAGAGCUGGACCGGAUCACCGAGGCGCUGGUGGACGACUUCCUGGAGCCCGAAAGGAACAAGUUGAUUCGCCGCUGCGUCUAGCCUGCCCCCUCAUGCUGAUGAUGUCACACCCUGCCAUGUUGGUGGGCGAAUCAGAGCUGCUGAUAGUUAGUGCGGACUGAAAGACUCUCCCUGAUCAUAUCCAGGUCUGAGCGCCAUGGAAACCAAAGAGUGUGUUCGUAGGUAGAGAGACGAUCAAACAAAAGUGAAUAUUUCCUUUCACAGACGGAGGUUCAUUAACGGCAAAACCCCUGAGAGCGGAACAUAAUUCACAGUUCUGAAUCACAUCUGUAAUUCAGGUCACAAUUCAGACGGGGUCUUCUUAAUCUCCCGCUGUAAUCAGCCGCACAUUUAGAUUUCCAGAUGAAUCUUAACGAUCAGAAGCAGCAGACUCUCUGAUUGGAUAGCCCCAGUGCACUUUGGGACAUGUAGUUGACCCCUCAUUCAGUUGUUUUAAACUCUGACUUGUUGAAGUCAGGUUAUUAUUUCAGCUCAUAUUAAAACACAUAUUCAGCUCCGAUUUCAAACGAUAUGAUUUAAAAUGCGGCGCUCUUUGUUUACGUCCUGAAUGAACUUCCGUACAAUGUGAAGUCGCUGUGUGUUUUCUGAGGUUUGACUGAUAUUUUUAUAUUCAGAGGGAAAAGAUAUUUAUGUUGAAGGAUUCCUCAGUUUGUGUUCCGUCACUCAUCCCAUGAAGUAUAAUAAAUCUGUAAACUGUGUUAUAUUUA